AAACCCUUCACACCUGAUAGAGCUGGAUCUCACAGGAAAUGAUCCUGGACAAUCAGGAGUGAAGGAGCUCAGUGAUUUACUACAGGAUCCAAACUGUCAACUCAAAACACUGAGGUUUUUGGGUCCUGCUGCAGAUGAAGCCUGUCAGUAUGUGACUGGAAUUGUGGGUAAAAACCCGUUACUCCUGAGAGAACUGAAUCUGAGUGAACAUGAACUAGGAGACACACGAGUGAAUCAGAUCGCUGCUCUACUGCAGGAUAAACACUGUCAACUCAACACACUGAAUCUGUGUAAUUGCAGUAUUACAGAGAAACAGUGUCUCAUCCUGACUUCAGCUCUGAAAUCAAACCCAUCACACCUGAGAGAACUGAACCUGAGUGAGAAUCAAAUAAAAAACACAGGAGUGAAUCACUUAUGUGACGUACUGAAGGAUUCACACUGUAAACUGGAGAGAUUGAGACUUUCAGACUGCAGUAUCACUGAAGAAGGUUAUAAAGCUCUGGCUUCAGCUCUGAGAUCAAACCCUUCACACCUGAUAGAGCUGGAUCUCACAGGAAAUGAUCCUGGACAAUCAGGAGUGAAGGAGCUCAAUGAUUUACUACAGGAUCCAAACUGUCAACUCAAGACACUGAGGUUUUUGGGUCCUGCUGCAGAUGAAGCCUGUCAGUAUGUGACUGGAAUUGUGGGUAAAAACCCGUUACUCCUGAGAGAACUGAAUCUGAGUAAACAUGAACUAGGAGACACACGAGUGAAUCAGAUCGCUGCUCUACUGCAGGAUAAACACUGUCAACUCAACACACUGAUUCUGUGUAGAUGCAGAAUUACAGAGGAACAGUGUCUCAUCCUGACUUCAGCUCUGAAAUCAAACCCAUCACACCUGAGAGAACUGAACCUGAGUGAGAAUCAAAUAAAAAACACAGGAGUGAAUCACUUAUGUGACGUACUGAAGGAUUCACACUGUAAACUUGAGAGACUGAGACUUUCAGACUGCAGUAUCACUGAAGAAGAUUAUAAAGCUCUGGCUUCAGCUCUGAGAUCAAACCCUUCACACCUGAUAGAGCUGGAUCUCACAGGAAAUGAUCCUGGACAAUCAGGAGUGAAGGAGCUCAGUGAUUUACUACAGGAUCCAAACUGUCAACUCAAGACACUGAGGUUUUUGGGUCCUGCUGCAGAUGAAGCCUGUCAGUAUGUGACUGGAAUUGUGGGUAAAAACCCGUUAUUCCUGAGAAAACUGAAUCUGAGUGAACAUGAACUAGGAGACACAGGAGUGAAUCAGAUCGCUGCUCUACUGCAGGAUAAACACUGUCAACUCAACACACUGAUUCUGUGUAGAUGCAGAAUUACAGAGAAACAGUGUCUCAUCCUGACUUCAGCUCUGAAAUCAAACCCAUCACACCUGAGAGAACUGAACCUGAACUGGAAUCAAAUCAAAAACACAGGAGUGAAUCACUUAUGUGACGUACUGAAGGAUUCACACUGUAAACUGGAGAGAUUGAGGUUAAGAUACUGUGAAAUGACAGAUGAAGGUUGUUCUGCUGUGACUUCAGCUCUGAAAUCAAACCCAUCACACCUGAGAGAACUGAACCUGAGCAGGAAUAAACUAGGAGACUCUGGAGUGAAAAACCUCAGUGAUCUACUGAUGAACACACAAUGCAAGCUGGAGAAACUACAUCUGUGUGAUUGCAGUAUUACAGAGAAACAGUGUCUCAUCCUGACUUCAGCUCUGAAAUCAAACCCAUCACACCUGAGAGAACUGGACCUGAGCUGGAAUAAACUAGGAGACUCUGGAGUGAAAAACCUCAGUGAUCUACUGAUGAACACACAAUUCAAGCUGGAGAAAUUAGAUCUGUGUAGAUGCAGUAUUACAGAGGAACAGUGUCUCAUCCUGACUUCAGCUCUGAAAUCAAACCCAUCACACCUGAGAGAACUAAACCUGAGUGAAAAUGAAAUAAAAAACACAGUAGUGAAUCACUUAUGUGACGUACUGAAGGAUUCACACUGUAAACUGGAGAGAUUGAGACUUUCAGACUGCAGUAUCGCUGAAGAAGGUUAUAAAGCUCUGGCUUCAGCUCUGAGAUCAAACCCUUCACACCUGAUAGAGCUGGAUCUCACAGGAAAUGAUCCUGGACAAUCAGGAGUGAAGGAGCUCAAUGAUUUACUACAGGAUCCAAACUGUCAACUCAAGACACUGAGGUUUUUGGGUCCUGCUGCAGAUGAAGCCUGUCAGUAUGUGACUGGAAUUGUGGGUAAAAACCCGUUACUCCUGAGAGAACUGAAUCUGAGUGAACAUGAACUAGGAGACACACGAGUGAAUCAGAUCGCUGCUCUACUGCAGGAUAAACACUGUCAACUCAACACACUGAUACUUUCAGACUGCAGUAUCACUGAAGAAGGUUAUAAAGCUCUGGCUUCAGCUCUGAGAUCAAACCCUUCACACCUGAUAGAGCUGGAUCUCACAGGAAAUGAUCCUGGACAAUCAGGAGUGAAGGAGCUCAGUGAUUUACUACAGGAUCCAAACUGUCAACUCAAGACACUGAGGUUUUUGGGUCCUGCUGCAGAUGAAGUCUGUCAGUAUGUGACUGGAAUUGUGGGUAAAAACCCGUUACUCCUGAGAAAACUGAAUCUGAGUGAACAUGAACUAGGAGACACACGAGUGAAUCAGAUCGCUGCUCUACUGCAGGAUAAACACUGUCAACUCAACACACUGAAACUUUCAGACUGCAGUAUCACUGAAGAAGGUUAUAAAGCUCUGGCUUCAGCUCUGAGAUCAAACCCUUCACACCUGAUAGAGCUGGAUCUCACAGGAAAUGAUCCUGGACAAUCAGGAGUGAAGGAGCUCAGUGAUUUACUACAGGAUCCAAACUGUCAACUCAAGACACUGAGACUUUCAGACUGCAGUAUCACUGAAGAAGGUUAUAAAGCUCUGGCUUCAGCUCUGAGAUCAAACCCUUCACACCUGAUAGAGCUGGAUCUCACAGGAAAUGAUCCUGGACAAUCAGGAGUGAAGGAGCUCAGUGAUUUACUACAGGAUGGACUCUGUUCAUUAAAGACCAUCAGGUUUUUGAAAAGUCCUGCUGCAGAGGAAGCGUGUGAGUAUCUCACUGGAGUUCUGGGUAAAAGUCCAUUACUACUGAAAGAACUGGAUCUGAGUGGAGAUAAAUUAGGAGAUCUGGAUGGGGAGAAACUCUCUGCUCUUUUGAUGGACUCUCAUAGCAAACUGGAGAAAAUAAUGCUGAAUAAUUGUGAGCUGACAGAAAAAAACUGUUCAGUUCUAGCUACUGUUCUCUCCUCCAAAACCAUCCUGAAAGAGAUGAACCUGAACAACAGUCGUCUGCUGGACUCAGGAGUCAAAGAGAUCUGUGAGGGACUGAAGAAUCCUGUGUGUGAGCUGAAGAUACUGAAACUUUCAGACUGCAGUAUCACUGAAGAAGGUUAUAAAGCUCUGGCUUCAGCUCUGAGAUCAAACCCUUCACACCUGAUAGAGCUGGAUCUCACAGGAAAUGAUCCUGGACAAUCAGGAGUGAAGGAGCUCAGUCAUUUACUACAGGAUGGACACUGUUCAUUAAAGAGCAUCAG